AUGCAAAAGCAGGUACUUAACAACACACUUGAAAGUCUGAUGAAAGACCUUUUCCUUAUGAAGACUGAAUUUUUGAAACAACUCUCUGCGGCUGAGGAUAAAAUCAAAAGAGUUCUUGGACAAGUAGACGCAGCACAUUUGUUUAGUCCUACACCUCCCCCACAAGUGAUCAUUCAUUGUGAUGAAACCAAAAAGAGUUUUGAUGUGAUGAGUUUGUUUAAAACACAACGAGAGUCAAAUGUCAUAUACAACAGCGAUAUCUCCGGAUUUUCUCAUGAAGAAUUCAAUAGUGUUGUGUUGAAUCGCCCCGAUAUCACUUUGUUGGUAACUACAGAUGAUGGAGUUCUUGGUGUUGUUUUGAGAUCACCAGUGACUAAAAUUGGCCAGUUUGGUAUUGACGAAGAUAUGGAAGUUUUUGUAUGUAAAGAAGGUGAAGUCAGAAAGAUGAAGAAAAAUCGAAGUGUUGACGGGUGGAGAAACUCGAUAGAACUCUUUUUAGAAGGGAGCAAUUUGUUUUGCGUCUCGUGGAUGAUGGGUGUUGCAGACUCGGAUUUGAAAACUAGUUGGUUCCACGAACAUUUCAAUGAACAUUACACAAAAAAUUUGAAUUUUCCUCAAACGUUUACAGUCAAAAGUGUUCUCGUGAUCAAAAAUUAA